CUGCCCUUGCGCCUGCGCAGAAGGGUGUUCCCGCCUCUUGGUGGCGGGGCGCUCAGCUCGCUGUCGCUGUCGUUGUCGCUGUCGCUGUCGGAGCCGGAGCGCCAUGGCGGUGAGCACAGGCACCUCCCUGGCGCUGUCCUUGCUCCUGUCCCUGCUGCUGUUCGCCGGGAUGCAGGUGUUUAGCCGCCACCUGGGCUCCACCGAGUGGCUGACCGUCCAGGGAGGCCUGCUGGGCUCCGGCCUCUUCGUCUUCUCCCUCACCGCCUUCAACAACCUGGAGAAUCUGGUUUUCGGCAAAGGCUUCCAGGCCAAGAUAUUUCCUGAGAUCGUCACCUGCCUCCUGCUGGCUCUCUUCGCUUCGGGCCUCAUCCACCGUGUCUGCGUCACCACCUGCUUCAUCUUCUCCAUGGUCAGCCUCUACUACAUCAACAAGAUCUCCUCGACGCUCUACCAGGUGUCCGCGCCCCCGCCGGCCCCCGUCAAGGCCACGGGCAAGGGCAAGAAGCGGAACUGACCACCCGGCCGGCCCCCAGAUAAAGCCCGACCGCCUUCGUGACCCCGUCUGCCGACGCCUCGUUGCACCCAGUGGGCGCUCAGUAAAUACGAUCGAACGAACGAA